AUGUACGAGAAUCCAUACCUAAAUAGAUUUAAACAAAAAAGUAAAGUUUCUCCAAAUCAUUUUAAACAAACUACCGGACUAACAGGUCUUUUUGUUGUUGAAUAUCCACAUAGAAAUUUGAAAAUCAUUUAUGACCGUAUUCUUCGUACAAUUGAAAAAAUUCCAAUGGAAAGUGUUUAUAGAAAGUCUACAGAACAUAUUGUUAAAAGUAGAUUGGCACUCGUUAAUGAAGUAUCAGAUAUUCAAGAAUUGGAAAAAAAAAUAGGAAUGGGUCAAAUUGAAGAAGUCAUCGAACAAGCUGAAUAUGAACUUCAAACUGCAAGAGCUAUUUUAGAAUCAAAAGCCUGGGAGCCAUUGGUAGAAAAACCAGCUGAAGAACAAUGGAGAUGGCCUGUUGUUUAG